AUAAAACAAUCUUCUUUUUUCUCUCUCAAAAUUGCUUUGCGAAGACAAAGGGAUCCCAAUGCGACUCUCCCCAGUCCCCACCAUUUCUUCAGCUUAAAGCUUCAUAUCCAAAUCAUCAUUAACACACCCAUGUCAGACUAGUACUCAAUUACUGGACAUACUAAAAGAGAAAAAGAGAUGGAUGUGAGUAGGAGAAGAGGUGGAGUGGCUGCAGGGUCUGUGUGGGAAAGCAGAAUGAAGCUUGAUGAAGUGAGAGGAGGAAUCAAGGUCUUCAAUGGUGGUGAUGAAGAUGGUAAUCAAGAAGAGGGUACUGCGGAUAGUCCUGCUGCGAAAAGGAUAGUGAAAAGAGGGCAAACCCAGAAUGUUGUUGGUGGGGUUGCUGUUAGUGGGAAGAGAAAGACAUGGAAAUCUGAGGGGAACACAAUUCAGAUAGCUAAAUCACGAUCUGAUUCUGAAAAGAAUUCAGAGGAACAAUGCAAGGAAAUUAGUGUUUCUGUGGAUGGAGUCAAAAGGAGUCCAAUUCAGACGAGGAAGGGAAAAUUUGAAGGGAGUAGUAAGGAGCUUAGUUUGUCUGGUGAUGGAAUUGAGAGGAGCCCAAUUCAGAUGAAGAAGGGAAGAUCUGAGGGAAGCAAAGAUGUCGGUGUUGCAUCUGUUGAUGGAAAUGUGAGACGCCCAAUUCAGAUAAGGAAACCAAGAUCUGGGUCUGUUGAAUUGUGUAAGGAUGUUGAGGAAUCUAGUUUGGUAGUAGUUGAGAGACAUUCAGAUCAAUUAAGGAAGGUGAAAUCAGAGGCAAGUAAGGUAUUGAAUCAGUCUGGCAAGAAUCUUGGUCACGGUGAAGGUGAAAUUGGAAGGAAUUCAGUUCAGAUAAGGAGGGCAGAGUCAGAGCCGAAGAAGGUUUUGAAAGAAUCUGGAAAGAGUAGUGGUAAUGGUGAUUCUGCUGAUGGAAUUGAUAAAAAUCCAGAUGAAAUUGAGAAUAAGGAAUCUGAUAAUACAUGUAAGGAGUUUGGUUUGUGCCAAGAAAAGGCCAUUUUGAGCAAUGUGAGCAAUCUGGGUAUGGUGAAACCACCUCCUGAUGUGCUAGUUGAUGAUAAUGGUGAUGUUGAUGAUGCUGAUGAAGAAUUUGAAGAGGGGGAUGAGGAAGUGGAGAGUGAGAUUGAGAAGAGUAUUGAUGUUAAGGAAAUCAAUGAACCAGAAACGAAGCCUGAUAAGGUUGUGAAUGAAGAGAAGAUUCCCAAUAAGGUGGUCAAAGAAGUUAAAAGAGUUCACCAAUUCAAAAACAGAAGAGCACCCACUCCUCCCAUUGUGACCAAACAACCUCCCCCAGUUAGAAGGAGAGCUACUAUCUAUCAAAAUCUUCCAAAACCUACUUCUGUUCCAGUUUCAGAUGGAUAUCAGAAUUUCCCACAAACCCAGAGCAAUUUGCAGAGUUUAGUGGAUUUGGUGAUGUGGAGAGAUAUCUCAAGAUCAGCAUUUGUCUUUGGAAUUGGAACAUUCAUUAUAAUCUCCUCAUCAUACACCAAGGAUUUAAACAUCAGCUUUAUUUCUGUGAUUUCCUAUCUGGGUCUUGUUUAUCUUGCUGCCAUCUUUCUUUACAGAUCCAUUAUCUGCAGGGGAGUAAUAGACAUAGAUGAUACAAAUUAUGUUCUAGGUGAAGAAGAAGCCAUUUGGCUACUGAAAUUGAUUUUGCCUUACAUAAAUGAAUUCCUGUUGAAAUUAAAAGCUUUAUUUUCUGGAGAUCCUGCUACUACAAUGAAGUUGGCAGUGCUUCUGUUUGUAUUGGCUAGGAGUGGCAACUCCAUAACCAUCUGGAAGAUGGCAAAGUUGGGUUUUCUUGGAGUUUUCACUGUACCAAAAGUCUGCUCUUUGUACUCAACACAGUUAACUUCAUAUGCUAAAUUUUGGGUGCGAAGAUUUGGGGAUGCAUGGGAGUCAUGUGCACACAAGAAAGCAGUGGGCUUUGCAAUCUUUACCCUCGUCUGGAAUCUCUCUUCAAUCGUUGCUCGCAUUUGGGCAGUGUUUAUGUUAUUUGUGGCCGUCCGAUACUAUCAACACUCGCUGCUGAGAGAUGAAUGGGCGGAGUAUGAUGACGCUGCAGAUGAGGAAGCGUGGGAUGGACAGAUUGGAGGACAAGGACCCACCUUAGUGGAUGUAAAUAGGGCAAAGAAGGGAAUAUAAGCAAUUACAUUCGAGCCACUAGUUGAAGCGGUAAGGAUGAUGUGUAUCACUCUAAUGACUAGAGUUCGAAUCUCGAUCCCUUCUCUAUUCUUAUUUUUUUUUUAAGGAAAAAACAAUUAUGCAAGCUUUCAUAGUCUUU